AUGAAGAGGUGCGCCAUUCUCUUGCUGUGGAUGCAGUUGGAGUGGGGAGCAUUGCUCAGUCCCAACGACCCCAAUGUCUGCAGCUAUUGGGAAAGUUUUACAACACCCUCCAAGGAGUCGUAUGUGCAGCCCUUUGCCCAGGUCUUCAAGGAACCCUGCGACAAGGUGUGGCCGUUCGCCAAGACCUGCACUCAGCACAGAGUCCUGUACAAGACAGCCUAUCGCCAAGGCGUGAAGGUCGACUACAGGAGGAGGUACCGCUGCUGCCGGGGCUAUUACGAGAGCGCCGACCUCUGUGUCCCUCGCUGUACCCAGGAGUGUGUGCACGGCAGGUGCGUGGCUCCCGACCAGUGCCAGUGUGAGCAAGGGUGGAGAGGUGCGGACUGCUCCAGCGAGUGCAGCAACCUGUUCUGGGGGCCUGAUUGCAGAAACUCUUGUGCAUGUAUGAACGGAGGCACUUGUGACCCCCUGACCGGGGCCUGCGCUUGCCCACCAGGCUAUAGGGGCCCCCUAUGCCAAGAGCCCUGUGCCCUGGGAACGUAUGGCCCAGGAUGCUCGCUGGGAUGCCACUGCGAGAACGCUGCCUCCUGCGACAGGGUGACGGGGGCCUGCCUGUGCCCCCCGGGAUUCACAGGACCGCACUGUGAAGCCCCUUGCCUGAAUGGCAGCACCGCUGGAUUUCAGUGCCACGCUGACUGCCCUUGCCAGAACGGGGGCAUCUGCCACCCCCCGAAAACCAGCAACUGCGCCUGCCCUCCUGGAUGGAUGGGCGCCAUCUGUUCCAUCCCCUGCCCCGAGCGGCACUUUGGCUCCAGCUGCCAAGGGGAGUGCCGCUGCCACAACAGUGGCCAGUGUGACCCUCUCAGUGGGCAGUGCCAGUGUGCGCCAGGCUAUGUUGGAGAGCGAUGCCGCGAGGAGUGCCCCAUCGGGAAGUACGGGCAGGACUGCAGCCAGACCUGCGACUGCACCAACGGCGGCCGCUGCUUCCACAUCCACGGGGCCUGCCUGUGCGAGGCCGGCUACUACGGCAGCCGCUGCGAAGAGCGCAAGUGCUUGGGGGGCCUCUACGGCCUCGCCUGCAAUCGGCCCUGCCCCUGUGACCCUCAGCACACGGAGAGCUGCCACCCGCUGACCGGCGAGUGCACCUGCAAGCCGGGCUGGGCCGGCCUUUUGUGCAACGAGAGCUGCCCCCACGGAUACCACGGAGUCGGCUGCCGGGACCCCUGCUUGUGUCUGAACGGGGGGACGUGUGACAGUGAGACCGGGCACUGCGUUUGCGUGGCAGGCUACAUGGAUGAGCACUGCUCCAUCCCCUGCCCGGCUGGCAUCUACGGGGUGAACUGUUCCCUGAGCUGCACCUGCCAGAAUGCCUUUGCCUGUUCCCCCAUGGAUGGGACCUGCAUCUGCAAAGAAGGCUGGCAUGGAGCGGACUGCUCCGUCUCCUGCCCCGUGGGCACCUGGGGCGCAGGGUGCAAUGGGACCUGCCUGUGUGCCAAUGGUGCUGCCUGCAGCCCUGUCAGCGGGGUGUGUUCUUGUGCCACAGGCUGGCACGGCAGCCGGUGUGAAGAACCCUGCCCGGACAGGUUCUAUGGCUUUGGCUGUAGCAGAAAAUGUGCCUGCCAGAAUGCAGACAGCUGCGAUCCAGUGACAGGGCAGUGCCUUUGCCUACCUGGAUGGACAGGCCCCCUUUGCAGCCAAGCGUGUGCAGACGGCCUGUGGGGGCCGCAGUGCCACCGGCCCUGUGCCUGCAAGAACGGCGCCCUCUGCUCACCCCAAGACGGGAGCUGCGAUUGCACCCCCGGCUUCCGGGGACCCCUCUGCCAGCGCCCCUGCCAGCCGGGGCGCUACGGCAAGAAGUGCGCUGUGCCGUGCAAGUGUGCCAACCACUCCAUCUGCCACCCCGUGGACGGCUCCUGCGACUGUUCUCCCGGCUGGACGGGCAGUGACUGCUCAAGGCGCUGCCCGUUCGGGUUCUUUGGGGAGAACUGCACCCGUCAGUGCCAGUGCUGGAACGAGGCCACCUGUCAUCCCGAAACUGGGCGGUGCCUGUGCCCCUCCGCCUUCACUGGCGCCCACUGUGAAACCAGGACAGGAAACCCCGACCAUCCUCUGACGAUGGUUCCUGCCACACCCUCCGGCUACAGCAGCAGCCUGGGGGCUGUGAUUGGCAUCAUCGUGAUGGCUGCCCUGCUGGUGCUGGUCUUGGCGCUCUUCGUCUACUACCGGCACUGGCAGAAGGGCAAGGAGUGCCAGCACUUGUCUGUGGCCUACAACGCAAGGCGGACAGACGCUUCGGAGUAUGCGGUGCCAGACAUCCCGCCCAGCUACGCCCACUACUACUCCAACCCCAGCUACCACACCCUGUCUCCGUGCUCUCCGAGUCUUCCCGUGCCGAGCAUCCCGGAGCCGCCUGCCGCUGGCAAGUUGACCAGCAGCCAGCUGUUCUCCGCCCCCAAGAGCACGGAGCGGGACUGGCCGGGGCCAUACGGGGCAGACUGCCACGCCACCCUUCCUGCAGACUGGAAACACCAGGGGGGGGCCCUAGCAUUGAGCCACAUCGGGCAGGGAGGAAGCCAGAUUGAUCGCAGCUAUAGCUACACCAACGGACUUGGAAAAUACCAGCCCAGAGGCUGUGCCAAGGAAGAGCCCCUGUGCCGCAGCGACAGCUCCCUGAGCAGCGAGAACCCCUACGCCACCAUCAAGGACUUGCCCACCCUGGCCGGCAAGCCCUCCGAAGGCGGCUACAUGGAGAUGAGGAACCCGGCCAAGCGGGAGAUGUCCUACGCAGAGAUCGGGCUCUUUGAGGAAUCGGCCCAGAGCCUGGAGGAUGAAGGAGAAAAUGGCUUGCUGGGGGCAGAAGGCGUUUCACAGGCGGCUCCUCCUGGUAUCCCCCCCAACCACUACGAUUCUCCCAAGAACAGCCACAUCCCCAGCCACUACGAUGUGCCGCCCGUUCGCCACUGUUCACCUUCACCGCCACGCCGGAGACGAGACCGAUGAGGCCAGGCCCAAGC